AUGAUGAUAACAUGUUCAAAAUGUUUUCGUUUAAAUAAUCCUAAUGCUCGUUUUUGUGAUUGGUGUAGUGCAUAUCCUGAUCAUGCAUCUACAUCAAUACAAUGUACAAAAUGUCAUACUAAUAAUGAUUCAUUUGCAAAAUUUUGUUCAACAUGUGGAUGUGUUAUUGAACCACCAUUACGUAUUAUUGAUACACGUCUUAAAAAUAAUUUGAAUAUUUCAUCUUCAUCAAUGAUUGCUAGUACAUUAACACGUAAUUCAGUUAAUCCUGUAUGGCUUAACGCAAAUACAACAUUAACUAAUUAUCAUCAAUCAUAUUCAACAAUUAAAAAAGAAGUUGCAACACAAACAUAUGGAAUUUAUUAUCCAAGUGCAAAAGAUAUUGAUUUAAUUAUAACACAAAAUAAAAAAUUAUUAA